AUGCGCUCUGUUGACUAUAUAUAUCCAAUCACAAACUCCACAUCUGGAACUCAAACUUCACCAGGUAUCGGUUCUAGUAAUGGCGGAAGAAAUGGUGGAUUUUGUUUCGGCGGCAACUGUGGUGACGAUCGCCAUGGAAGUGGUGGUGGCAGCGGCUACUAUGGGGGAGGAAGCGGUGGCUUUGUCGGAAACCGCGUGACAAGUGGUUCUGGAGGAUCUUCGUAUAUGUCAGGAUACAAAGGCUGCAGAGCUAUCGCAAAAGAUUCUACAAAGUUUAAUAUAUUUCAUGAAGAUAGUUCAAUUCAUUACUCAGGUUUGACAUUCUAUUCUCCUGUCAUCAAAGAUGGAAAGGACCUAAUUCUAUGCACAGAUUCCAUUGUAUGCACAGAAGAAGGUCACUUUGGUUAUGGAUAUGCACGCAUAACUAUCUAUGAGCAGCAUGAUCCAGUAACUAUCAGAUUAUGUCGUCCAUUUGUGCCUUAUUCAUCAAUUGCAGUCUUUAUACUGAUGAAUUCUGAAUAA